AUGAGAGAUUAUGGAGGGCAGUUUCUAGGUUUGUCUGAAGGUAUUUCGGACUUAAGAAACGUGGGCAAGUGCCCCGGGCCCGACGCCGCCGCCGAGAGCGUGUACGUGCACUACUCGUGCGACGGGGGCGUGGCCUGGCGCCUCCUCCGGACGCUGCACGCCAGCCGGCACAAGGAGCCGAGCCACAUCUCCGUGGACCUCCCGGCCGGCGCGCGGGGUCCCGGCUGCCGGUUCCAGGUCUGGCAGGAGAGCCACUCGGGCGCCGGCAGAGACGUCUGGGCGCUGGACGACUUCACCAUAACGUCGCAGCUCUUCAACAACAUCGAAGUCGAUUUCAGUGACGGCGCGGCGGCGAAUAGCUCGCUCAGAUUCCACCUGGGCGAGCUCGGGAGCGACCUCUGCGGCCGUGACUCGGCGCUGGUGUUCAAGGGCGUGGCUGCGGGCGGGGGCGUGUCUCGCUUCAUGGAGACCAAGUCCAUAGGCGUUGGCCCCUCCUACAUGAUGCAGUUCGACCUCGCCAUUGGCUGCGGCGACGGGGCGGGGGCCGGGACGCAGGGGAAGGGGGAGGGGCCAGCCACGGGGGCGGAGGAGAGCAAGGUAAUCCUCGCCUCCGCACACCUCCUGGUACUCCCCACCGGCAUCACGUGGCAGCUGGUCCAGCGCCCGUGCACGCCCUCGACGCCCGGCUGCCUCAACCACUUCACCCGCGGCACCGUCUACUUCGCCUCCGAGUUCCGCCGCUGGAGGAGGGUCACGCUCAGGCUCCCGAGGCAUACCUGGUCCCCGACGACCCGUCUGCGCCUGCGGCAGGACCUGGAGAGCGACCUGGGCGAGGCGUGGGCCAUCGACAACCUGUACAUCGGGAGGCAGUGCCCCGGACUCUGCUCAGGGCACGGCCGCUGCACCUCGCACGGAUGCAGCUGCGACGCCGCCUACCACGGCCACAAGUGCCUGCCGCUGCACAAGCUCCACCGCCAGAUAGACGCUUCGUUCGACGCCGAGGACGACCUCAGCGACCUCGACCUGCGCCUCGUCGGGGGAAACUUGGCAGCGCGGGACGAGGGAUGUGGCAACGUCGUGGCCGGGAAUAGUGUGUACUUCGGGGCGCUGGGCCUCCGUCAGCUGGAGACGGACGACCUGAACGCCCACGACCUGGAGAUCCUGCAGUUCGUCCUGGUCGUGGGCGGCGGCAAGGGCGGCUCCUGCAGCCCCGAGAACGACCUCAAUUCCCUCAACGCCGGCAGCAUCGUCGUCGAGUACUCUACUGACGGAGGGAUCGAGUGGACGCUCCUGCAGGAGCUUCUGCCGGAGGAGUAUCGGAGGCCCAGAUUGUUCCGCACGAAACUCGAGGACGAGGUGGUGAAGGGCGAGUCGGGCGUGGUGAGGUUCCGCAUAUGGCAGCCCGCCCACUACGGGAGGAACCAGUGGGCGGUCGACAGCCUCAAGAUCAUGCCCGACGUGCAGCUGUCCAGCAUCCAGGCCGAUUUCGCGCCCAACGCGAUGGUGGCCUCGCCGUGGCUGAGCGUGACCGGGCACCACCAGCGGCCCUUCUGCGGGAGCGAGGAGGCGGCGCAGGUCAUGGACGGCGAGGAGCCUGUGCGGGAGGCGGUGACCAACACGCUGGCGCUGAAGGAGGGGGACGUCAUUUCGUUCCAGAUCAGCGUAGGAUGCACCGCCGACGAGACCGUUCCCGAAGGCUCGCCGGUCCUCCUGCAGUACAGCAAGGACGGAGGCGUGACCUGGUCCCUGGUGCACGAGGGAUGCCCGCCCUCUGCCCUGCACUGCGACCCCCCCAGCGAGCCCAGCGUGUACCGGCCGGGGCACCACGGGCCGUGGACCAGGGUCGUGCACCGCGCUGACCACCGGCUGGCCCACGGAUCGGUGCAGCUCCGUUGGAAACAAGAAAACCCGGGAGAAACGGACAGCGGCGUUUUUGCAAUUCGACAGCUGUACAUAGGCCCCCCCUGCCCUUACCUCUGCCACGGCCAUGGUGUCUGCACGGCCGCGGGGUUGUGCAAGUGUGACAAGGCAUAUAAUGGGACCUACUGCGGCCUCCUCCCCGCCCCCAACCCCGCGUGGAUGGAGGACGACUUCGAGGGCGAUCGCCUGUCGCCCUCGUGGGAGCGAACGGAGGGCGCCGCCGUCGGGCUGGGCUGCGGGCCCCACCACUCGGGCCACGCCCUCGUCUUCUCCGCCGGCGGGCCGCGCGUCGCCACCACCAGGCCGCUCGACACCAGGAAGACCAAGUACCUCGUGUUCCACCUGCAGAUCGGCUCCCCAGAGGCGGGCGGGCGGUGUCGCCAGGCGCAGGUCCCCCUCGACAACGUGGUCCUCGAGCAUUCGCCCGACAACGGACAGAGCUGGGCCUUGAUGCAGCAGUUCGAGGCGGGGGACGCCAGGGAGAGGCGCGAGCCCUUCUUCGUCCCGCUGCCCGCCGGCGCCAGGACCCGCCAGACCCGCUUCCGCUGGUGGCAGAGCUACGCGGGUAUGAUGCUCUCGGAUUCGCCCUACGCGGAGGAACGAGCCGAGUGGCACUUGGACAACGUCAUGGUGAAGGCCAACGACAGCCUGCCCGCCAGCCUGUACGACGACUUCGGGGGAAACACGACCUCGCACGACCCCUGGUUCCUGAGGGCGGGCGCCACGACCUCGCCGGCGUGCGGGAAGCAGGACGACCCCGUGAUGCUCUUCUCGGGGCCGACUGCGCCCAAGUUCGCGGAGACGUGGGACGUGACGGCGAGCGGGGCGACGGUGGUUCAGUUCGACCUCAGGAUCGGCUGCAGCGGCUUCUCCCCGAACGCGCAGGUGGAUCUUCAGUACUCCACCGACCACGGCAAGACCUGGCAACUGGUGCGCGAGCUGUGCGCCCCUCCGCAGGUGGAUUGCGAGUCGUUCCACCUGCCGACGUCCUUCAGCGGAUCCACGGCGGGCGAGUGGACGAGGGUCACCACCACGCUGCCCGGAAGGACGUUCGGCGAGAGGACCCGCCUUCGCCUGGCGGAGGCCGAGCGGGGGGGGCGCGGCGCGGGCGGCGUCGCGUGGGCGCUCGACAACGUCUUCGUGGGGGACACGUGCCCCUGGAUGUGCUCCGGCCACGGCCACUGUCGCGACGGGGAGUGCGUCUGCGACGAGGACUACUUCGGCGCCUUCUGCGUGCCGGCGAGGGUCCUGCCGUGCGAGCUGCUCGACACCUUCGACCGCGGGAGCCUCGACGCCGCCCUCUGGCACUCCUCGACCGGCGCCGAGGUGUCGCAGCGCUGCCACGUCUUGGUGUCGAAGGCAGCCCUCGUGUUCUUCAAGGACGGCGUGCGCCAAGCCACCACCACAGACCUUGACAUGACGGGCGGCCAGUACGUCCAGUUCACGAUCAUGAUGGGUUGCGAGGCGCCGAGAGGAGCGAGGACCAAGAGGGGAACUACCAUGAUCGAGGACCCUCUUAUCUAUCCCUCUGGGUCUUCCCCUUCGUCCUCUUCCUCCUCCUCUUCGUCUUCGUCUUCUUCUUUGUCGAGUGAGCAGGCUAGUCGGCGCUAUGGUGUUCUCGUGCAGUAUUCCGUCAACGGCGGCAUUACUUGGAAACUGCUGAAGGAGCUGCACUUCACGCCCCUGCCGACGCCCGAGUUCGUGAGCAUCAGCCUGCGCGACUUCCCCGAGGCGGCCACCAACGCCACCCGCUUCCGCCUGUGGCAGCCGCGCCACGAGGGCCUCCUGACGCACACGUGGGCGGUAGACAACGUCUUCAUCGGAGGCACGCCCGUGUCGCCCAACGCCCUCCACGACGACUUCGAGAAGGCGGCGCCCGUGCCCGACGCCUGGCUGGACUGGCCCGGCGGCGAGGUCGACGUCAUGUGCAAGCAGAAGGGCGGGCGUCGGGGCCUGGUGUUCGGCAGCCAGGAGGGCGAACACGCGCUCUACACCCGCGACCUCAGCGUCGGACCCGAUUCCGUGCUGCAGUAUGACAUCAUGGUGGGCUGCGGGGACGUCACGGCGCGGGAGCACAGCGUGAGCGUCCAGUACACCGCGGACGCCGGUCUGAGCUGGACUACGGUGCGUCCGGCCAGCGGCGCCCAUCACUCGAGUCCGGACUGCCUGCACGAGCUGAGGACGCCGACGGUGCACUACCCACACGCCGCUCCUACUGGGACGUGGACGAGGGUCGUCGUCCCGCUGUCGGAUAUCAGGAUUUGUGGCACCGUCCGCUUCCGCUGGCACCAGGGUUGGUACGGCGCGCGCGAGGCCUCCGUCCCCUGGGCCGUCGGCAGCGUGUACGUGGGGCCCUCCUGCGUCGACCACUGCGGCGGCCACGGCGCCUGCCUCGGCGGGGAGGAGUGCGAGUGCGACGAGGCCUACGAGGCGUACGAGGGAGGCUGCUCCUGCCAUCUCGAGCUGGAGAAUCCGCAGACGCUCAUGCACGAUUUCGAAGGAUCCGAGCUCGCGGAGCAUUUUUCGCGGUGGGCGGGCAGCGAGGCGUCGCGCUCCUGCGGCGGCGUCACCGGCGAGUCGCUGGUGUUCUCGGAGCAGGGCGAGAGGACGCUCGUCACCAGGGACCUCGACCUCCAGCUCGGAGGCGUCGUGCAAUUCUACAUCCGGUACGGCUGCACGCCCGACGACCUUGGCACGGGCGACGCCCCCGUCCUCCUGCAGUUCUCUACUGACGGAGGAAUCACGUGGACUCUGCUGGCGGAGCUGGGGCCGGAGGCGAAGGCGGAGUCGGGGGCGGAGUUGGGGGCGGGGUCGGAGGGACGUCAACCAAUGACGCAACACGUGACGCUCAAUCUGCCAGACACCGCCAAAUCGAACGCGACGCGCCUGCGGUGGUGGCAGCCCUCCACGGACGGGGGAUUCGCCAGCAUGUGGUCCCUUGACGAGGUGUACAUCUCGAGCCUGGCGCGCGAGCUUCCCGCCUUCACGGCCCUGGACUCGGGCGCCCACUGGCUGCUCACGCCCGGCUCCGUGCUCGAGGCGGUCUGCGGACAGGAACACAACAGCCUGCAUUUCAGUGGUCGCGAAGGCUUCCGGUUUGCCGAGACUCCGGAUAUUUUGAUGAACGAGCACAGCUUCAUCCAGUUCACGAUUGCAAUGGGCUGCAAGGAGGCGGGAUUCUGCUUCGAGGUGGAGGUCGAGUACUCAAUCGACCACGGGUCAACCUGGUGGCCGGUGAGAGGUCACUGCUUGCCCUCUGACCCCGACUGCACCGAGUACUGGCCGAGCUCCAGCCUGACCUCUGACCUGUACGCAGCCCCGACGCAGGUCACCAUGCUCGUGCCUCCCCGUGCAUGGUCCGAGCGCGCCCGCGUCCGAUUCCUCCAGAGGGACGGCUGGCGACAGCAGCACAGCUGGGCUCUCUCGCACGUCUACAUCGGCGACGAGUGCUUCCACAGGUGCUCCGCCAGGGGCUUCUGCGACGCCGGGGUGUGCCAGUGCCAGCGUGGGUGGACAGGCAACAGCUGCGAGAGGCCCGAGCGCCCCUUGCCCACCUUCCUUGCGGAGGACUUCGAGGGCGCCGUGACCCCCGACAGGUGGCGCAGGGUGGUGGGGGCGCUUGUCACUGACCACUGUGGGCCUGUGGGGGCGGGGGCGGCGCUGCACCUGGUUGGGGGCUGCAGCAGGUACCUGGAGACCGAGGACCUGGACCUGCGCGCGAGCCUGUUCGUGCAGUUCGAGCUUCGCACGGGCUGCCUGGACCCCGUGGCAGGGCGCGAGGCCGGGGGCGACCACGCCCUCCUGGUGCAGCUGUCGUGCGACGGGGGCGUGUCGUGGGCCACCGCCAAGAAGCUGCUCCUCGUCCACCAGCAGCCCACGUACGUGUGGCUGCAGAUCCCGCGGGCGCUGCGCUGCGAGGGCGGCCGCGUGCGGUGGUGGCAGCCGGUGCCGCAGGAGAGGAACCGCCUGGACUGGGCGUUGGAUGCGGUCUUCGUGGGCGGCAACGCCACGCCCCCCGACGCGCUCACCUACGCCCACCCCGACGACUUGGUGCCGCCCAUGUGGCUGAGGCGGUACAAUGGGCGGAUAGACAAUUACUGUGAUAACGACCUACCAAUGUACACCAUGAUGUCCACGGCCUCUGAACCUGCUCUUAUUCAAACCAGCGACAUACAGGUGGGAGUCAACCACUCCAUUAGUUUCCAGCUGGCUCUCGGCUGCGGCGCCACCUGGGACAACCAAGUAGUCCCCGUGAGACUGGAAUACUCGGUGGACUUCGGCAACAGCUGGCACCUGGUGAGGGAGGCGUGUCUUCCCGGGAACACCAGCUGUGCGGAGGUCACCGACGCCUCUGUCUAUUACGCGCCGCUCAGAUGGCAUCGCUUCGUGUACCCUCUGGCGCACGUGGGGCCGGCCAGGUACGUUCGCUUCCGCUGGCUGCAGGCGCCCUCCCACGACGUCGGCGGCAGCCACCGCUGGUCCCUCCGCGACGUGUACAUCGGCAGGUCGUGCCCCAACCACUGCCUGGGCCGCGGGUCGUGUCUGUUCGGGGCGUGUCGCUGCGACGCCCACUACGCCGGCGCCCACUGCGAGCGGGUCGUCGUCGAUAAUGUGCCCUUCAUCCGUGACGAAUUCAGCGAGAGGGCCUUCCGGAGCCACUUCCAGCAGGUCCAGGGCGCCCUCAUCUCCGAGGGCUGCGGCGGGCUGGAGGUGCCGCCCACGGCCACCUUCCAGGGCGCCCACACCCGCCAGCUCCUCACCCAGCCCGUGGACACCCGCAGCGGCAAGUUCGUGUACUUCGUCGCCCAGAUCGGCAGCGCCCACGGCCACGGGGUGUGCGCGCGGGCGAGCCAUCGACACCACAACGUCUUUGUGCAGUACUCCGUUGAUGGAGGCAUCCGCUGGCACCUCCUGAGGGAGCUUGACCACGAGAUGUACGUCAACCCACGCGAAGAGUACCUCGUCUUGCCCAGCCACGCCCGGAGCCCAGCCACCGUGUUCAGGUUCUGGCAGCCCCGCCUCCCGACCGCGCCGCCCGCCUGGUCCCUCGACGACCUGUUCAUCGGCGGCUCCGAGAUCAGCGCCGCCUCGCUGCUCGACCGCUUCGAGGGCGACCCCACAGGUAUCCGAGUGGCUGUUCGCGCCCCACAGCGAGGCCCACAAACCCAAACAAACCCCUGUUCGGCGGCCCCAAAGGGGAAAAGGAGAGCAACCACCUCCAAGUCCAUACCACUUCUUGGGAAUAACAUGCCCGCCAGCCAGGGUGGGGCCCUCCCCAGUGUUUCAAAAGGAAAGAGAGUACGCAGAAGCACCAGUUUUUUUUGUCCCAUCAUGCUUCAGGCGACAGCCAAAGGAAACCGGGCCCUAAACCCUCAGGCGGGACGACCCCCAAGGACUGGCGGGGAAUCCCCGAAAAACCAUGUGACGGGAAGGACCCAAAGUCCAAAAACCCCUUGGCGGGCAAUGUGGAGAAAAAAAUUAAAAAGGCUGACAGGUAAAAAAUCUCACAACGCCCAGUUCCACAGUCCCCAAGAGAAGGGUAAUAAAGCUGCUAGAGCAAUGGGCCGGGAAUUCCCCAAACUAAAAAUCACUCCCACAAAGGGGUUCCAUGGUAUAUCGGAAAACCCGGCGGGUCAGAUUACUAGGGGGAUAUACCACUUGAGGGGGAAAGGGGUCCAUAUUUUUUAUGCCGAUGAUAUUUGCAUUAAAUCCUCAUUCCGAGGAAAAAAUGCCCGGAGAUUCCCAGAUAUUUUCUCACAAGGAAACCGCGGGUGCCCGGCACGUGGAAAGGGGGUGCCGGUACAGCCCCGGUUCCCUCGAUACCCGCGACGGGGGGGAUCAGGCUGGGGUCGGUCGCGACCUGUGCCUACCGGGACCCCCCCUGACCGGGGCUCCUGCCUUACACUUUCCACUCGCAGUCGGGCUACUUCCCCUGACACCCAUACCCGCUGGAUGAGGGUCACCAUUCCUUUGCCGGAGAAGACGUGGGCGAGUUACAGUUCUAGACUGGGAGUUGCAGUUAUGAACUACAUUAGCAGUUACAGCAUAGAAAAAGGUGUGGAGUAA